GUCAAGGCUAACCCGUAUGGGAGGCUGCUUUUGUAUUUUAGAGGAAGGGGAUUUUGUAUUGCAGAUCACCUUGCAGUCGAUGAGGUUUGGGGUACUUAAAGAGAGCCGGGAAAACGGCGUUGCAAGUUUGCCACGAAGAGGGAGAUAGGUACACUCCAAAGACCCGAGUUCUUAGUAACAGCGUUAUUGGACUGAGCCUCUGCAGGGUUUGAUGGAAGAGCGAGCGAGCGAGCAUUUUAUCAAUGGGAAGGUUUCGGCAAAUGAGGCUGAAGAUGUGAGCGGAGCAGCUGGAGGUUUAGUUCUCACAGAGACAUACGCGGACAUUGAAAGGGUAGGAAACUCUCCGAAUGAAUAAAAACAGCUCCUCUGUUCAUGGGCAGAGUGCAUUUUACCUCUUUAUUGCUGAGUAACUACCUACAGAAACCGAGCAGAAUAGCCUUCCACGAGGAGACGUUGAUAAUUACUGAUUCAGCCGUGGAAGUCCUAGAACUGUGGUUCUUAGAAUGGCAUGGAAUUACUGACUGCUAAAUGUGCUUUUUUAAAAAGAAACCCACCAUUUUAAAAUACAAGGUAUUGUUUUAGAGAAUACCAUUUCUGUCGGAAGACCAAAGGAAAUACUAGAAGAAUUAAUCAUGUGACUGAGAAUUUGAGCUGCUUGUCAGAUGGUGUUUUCAAGUCAGCAGAAAUGGAACCACUGAAUGGAACAGAUGGCCAGCCAGAAGAACAAAGCAAGACAGAACCACCUCUGAAAAGUGUUGAAGUGUCUCCAUACCAUCGCUGGGUGACCUGGUGGAAUGGGAUGACAACAAGUGGAAAUCUGUAUCUCUUUAUCCUCUCCCUGUUCUUGGUUUUCUUCUUUAUGUUUUGGUGUGGUGGAUGUGAGACAAUCCCAGCAGUUCAGGAUAUUUUGGCUGUCUUGUCCAAACUUGUUCAUCCAUCACAACUGUUGGAUUCCAAUUCUAACAAGAAUCUGAUCAGAGAUGAAGGUAUCACGGUGUCUUGCCUCAUGCUGUCUGUCUUCUCCCUUGGCUUGCUACUCGUAGCAACAUUGGUUUGGCAUCUUGUGAAAGCUCCUCCAGAUCCCUCAUUUCCCCUCCAAGAGGACAGGCGACAGUCUGUAAGCCGUCAACCAUCGUUCACUUAUUCUGAAUGGACAGAAGAUAAAAACGAUGAUGACUUCCUUGAUUUAGAUCCUCUACCAGAGUCACCAGUUUUUGACUGUGUGAUGGAUAUAAAAGCAGAAACAGAUCCAGCAACUCUUACAGUUAAAUCUGUAGGGCUGCAGGAAAGGCGAGGUUCAAAUGUUUCGCUCACGUUGGACAUGUGUACUCCUGGCUGUACUGAACAAGGGUUUGGCUAUAUCAUGUCUCCCAAGGAUGAUUCAGCUCAAGAAUACCUUCAGACAGCAUCAAACAUUCUCACAGAAGAGGAGCUGCACCAGAAAGCUUUAGAUUCUUUUGUUCUUCAGACAGAAUUUUUUGCAAUUCCAAUGAACUUUAUUGAUCCAAAGGAAUAUGACAUUCCAGGUUUAGUCCGAAAGAAUCGUUACAAAACAAUUCUCCCUAAUCCUCACAGCAGGGUGUGCCUUACCUCAGAUGAUGAAGAUGAUCCUCUCAGCUCUUACAUUAAUGCUAAUUACAUCAGGGGCUAUAGAGGAGAAGAAAAGGUGUACAUUGCUACUCAGGGACCCAUAGUUAAUACUGUCAGUGAUUUCUGGAGAAUGGUAUGGCAGGAGCAUUCUCCAAUCAUUGUCAUGAUUACCAAUAUAGAAGAGAUGAAUGAGAAAUGUACAGAAUACUGGCCAGAAGAACAAAUUGCCUAUGAAGGAAUUGAAAUUACAGUUAACAGAGUCAUACAAGCAGAUGAUUAUCGGUUAAGGCUUAUUACCCUAAAGUGCAGGGAUUGGGAGAACAGGCUGUUUUAUUGCUACCAGCAUUUGCUGCAAACAGUGGAAAAAUGAGAGCAUGGUUGAUAUACUCAGAACAACUUGCCAGCUACGGUUAGACAGGGGAGGAAUGAUCCAGACUAGUGAACAAUAUCAGUUUGUCCACCAUGUCAUGAGCUUGUAUGAAAAGCAAUUCAUUAGAGCAUCAGCAGAAGAAUGAAGAUUCAGAAUCAUUUAUUAUGAUGAAGACCAAGGGAACUCUGAUCAGAAUCCCAUGUACGACCGAGCUGAGAAGAUUUCAGAAUUUCAGAGCAGAAGAUAUUUAUUUAUACAUAUAAAUAUAAAUAUAUAUAUAUAUAGUUUUACUUUCAUAUUGCUUUAUUUUGCAUUCGAGAAUUAAGAUACUGCUUUUUUUCAACAUGUGACAGGGUGAUAUCUUCACUUUAAAAAUAAAAAUUCCUGUUUAUACUGUAAA